ACUCUCUCCUCUCUCUCUUCUCUCUCUCUCCCAAAGCCUGCAUCUUCGUCUCCGGCGGUGCUGCGGCGGCGCUGAACGAUCGUCGCCCCCCGCAAAUCGGAAUGCGACGGCUCUGAUCGCCGGACCGGCCCGCCAUUCUCGCUCCGCUCGCACCUCCUCCUCCUCCUCCUCGCUUCUCUCUCUCUCUCUCCUUCUGAAGCUGCACCAGUGAUUAUUAUAUCUAUGUACGUAUUACGCAUCGGAACCGAGGGGGUGUUGUGCGCGUGAAUGGUGUAAUAGAUUGCAUUCCAUUCCGCCGUAGCUUUGGCUUGGUGCGAGUCGGAGCCGCGAUCUGCAGAUCUACGAGCGAAGGCAUGGGAAACGCUAAUGGCAGAGAGGAAGGCCCGCACGACGACGCCGGGAGCGACGACGCCGCCGCCGGAUCGAACGGCGGGCGGGCUCCCCGCGAGAACCACGCGCCGGCCCCGCACGCGCCGCCCUCUGAAUCCGUGAGCCGCGCUCCUCCUCCUCCUCCUCCUGCUGCCGCCGCCGCCGCCGCCGCGCGCGCUCCUCCGUCGCCCCUCGUUUUCGCUCCUCAGAUUCCUACACCUCCGUUUCAGAAAAGUGAUGGCCCCGCCACUUUUAAUCAGAGUAGGCAGAAUGAGUCUCAAGGAAUUGUUGAUAAUCCUUCUGAGGGCGGAAUUCCCACGGUCAUUGCAUGGCAAUAUGGUGGCAGUGAUGUGGUGGUAGAAGGAUCAUGGGACAAUUGGGGAUCUAGGAGAAAACUACAGAGAUCCGGUAAAGAUUACUCUAUCCUCAUGGUCUUACGAUUUGGCGUAUACCAUUACAAGUUCAUUGUUGAUGGUCAAUGGAGAUAUAGUCCAGAUCUCCCCCAUACUACCGAUGAGAUGGGCCAAGUUUGUAAUAUACUGGAGGUUGAUGAUUACGUUCCCGAAAACUUGGACAGUGUGGCUGAGUUUGAGGUUCCAUCAUCACCUGAUUCUAGCUACAGUCAAGUGCUUCCGGCCGAGGAAGAAUUUGCGAAGGAGCCGGUGGUGAUUCCUCCUCAGCUUCGUCUAACUGUUCUGGAUACAGAAAAUUCAGAUGAAACUGCUCCGGUCAAGCCCCAACAUGUCGUGCUUAAUCACCUUUUCUUAGAGAAAGGAAGGACCCCUCAGUCUGUAGUUGCUUUGGGAUUGACUCAUAGGUUUCAGUCCAAGUAUGUAACUGUUGUGCUCUACAAGCAGCUCAGAAGGUGAGUAUCGUUUUGAAGCUGUUGUCCUCGAUGUAAAUUAACUCUACAUUAGCAAGGAAUAUGAAAAUUAUUUCCUGCUAUAGAGAAGAAUCCGGAUCUGUUGCAGCAUCCCUAGUUGGAAACCGAUGAGUGAAUUCGUUUAUUGGUGUGAAAAAGAAAGCGGGCCAUUUGCAUUGAUUAGUCGCCUAUGAGAUCUAUACACGAAUGCCGCUGUCAUUUGCAGCAGAUUAUCAAUCCCUGAUGCAUUCCACGAGCUCAAUCUGCUCAAUAUUUCAACAAGCAAAUUAUUGCAUCGUAUUUGACUUGAGUAUGACAAAGGGAGUGUUGUAAAUAUUCUUUCAGAAUCAGACUUUUGGACCGUAUUUUCUGCCGAAAGCUUGAAAAAUGCGUAGCACCGCUUUGUUCUAUGAAAUAGGCUAGCGCUUAUCUUCUCUGCUGAACUUUGGCUUAAUACCUAGCCUUCGCCGAUGGAGGUUAACCUGCCAACAUGAUAGCCUACUGGGGGUGGCUGGUCCUGUGGUGCCGAGACGUUUAGUUUUUUGUCUCCAUGUCUUGAAUUUAGCUUCUGGUUUUGUUAAAUAUGCUUUUUGUAACAGUAAUUCUCGAAAUUUUCAUCAUCUCCUAUUCUUCUUCAAA